AUGGACGCCAAAUUCAGCAUGGCCAACCCCGAAAAGCCUGGUCCAGAAGCCCCAGCGAUGGCUUCCGCCAGUUCGACCCUCAUCCCGGACAGGCAAUUAGAGAAGCAAGUCCUGCGAAAACUUGAUCUUCGACUUGCACCUCUGUUUGCCGCACUCUACUUCGUCGCGUACCUCGAUAGAAGUAACAUCGGAAAUGCAGCCGUGGCUGGUUUGACAGAAGAUCUCGGCAUGUCUGGUUCACAAUUCAGCACCGCCGUGAGCGUCUUCUUCGCAACCUACGUCGCUUUCGAGUUGCCAGUUGUGCUCGCCAUGAAGAAGCUCAGGCCACACCGCGCCAUCUCAAUGAUGUGCUUCGGUUGGUCAAUCGUUACCAUUGGAACGGCCUUCACCAAGAAAUUCGGAGACUUGAUUGCGGUUCGGCUUCUGUUGGGUCUCUGCGAAGCUGGGUUCUUCCCAUGCCUGAGCCUGUACAUCACCAUGGUUUACAAGAGAGAGGAACAGGGGCUGCGAUUGGCGUUCCUAUUCACAUCCGUUUCCCUUGCCGGCAUGUUCGGUGGCCUCAUCGCCACGGCUAUAACAAGAAUGGGACACACUGGCGGACUAAGGGCAUGGAGUUGGCUUUACAUCAUUGAGGGUUCCAUCUCUCUGCUAGCCGUAGCAUGGGUAUGGUUUGGGCUUCCAGAUGACCCAACAAGAGCCAAGUUCUGGAAACCGGAAGAGAAGGAAGUGAUGCUGGCUAGGGAAAAUCAGAGGCAGGAAUAUUUGGGGAGCCAAGUUUUCGAAUGGAAGGAGGUCUGGGCAGCCCUCAAAGAUCCCAAAGUAUACUCGACUGCACUCAUUCAAUUCUUCCAAGACAUCAUCUUGUAUGGGUUCAGCACCUUCCUACCUUCCAUUCUUCGGCUUGAUCUUGGCUUUACGGCACUGGAAGCCCAGUACCUUAGUAUUCCGGUCUAUUUCUUGGGCGGAGUCACUUUUUUCAGUGCGGCGAUGCUGGGCGACAAGUGGAAGCUGCGAGGAACGUUUCUUUUGAUUUUGGACUUCUUUGCCGUCAUCGGCUACGCAAUCUUGCUUGGCGUUUCCAACAGCCCAGGCGUUCGGUACUUUGCAUGUUACCUCAUUGCAAUCCCUCUCUACUGUGGGCCUGGUUUGAAUGAGAUAUGGAUCAACAACAACAUGGCUCCUCAUUACCGGCGUGCAACCGCCAUCGGUGUGCAGCAGACGGUCGGCAACAUCGCAGGCAUCGUCGCCCCCCAGGUGUACCGCUCUGCGCCUUAUCGGCUGGGGCACUGGUGCUCACUUGCAUCCGCAAUCAUGUGCAUUAUCCUGAUAGCUGGACAGAUUUGGUAUCUUCACUCGCUUAACCGCAGAAAGCAACAGAUUGAGAAGGGCGAAGUCGUCGAUGACAGACAGGAAACUACUGGAGAGGGGCAGUUGGAGUUUCGCUACGUUUACUAA